AUGCCAAACAAAGCCAACGAGUCCAAUUCCACUCUGGGAAGUACCGGUAGUGGUGAUCGGGUCGUUGUGACCGACCUUCGAGGGUCCAAUGGCGCCCGUCGCUCGCAACCCCCCGUCGUCGUCCACAACCAAGGGGGCCAAAUCUACGAUGAAACAAGACCGGCCGACUGGGACAAACAACGUUGGAAGUGA